AGAAAGGAGAAAGCUACCAUGUCUCGCGAAACUAUAUCUUGGUCUGCAGCUUUAUGCAUAUUUUCUUACUUUCUACAUGGCGUCGAUAUGCGAAAUAUCAAUGCAGCCUACGACAAAUUGAGAGAGUCACCGGCAUCCCAGUGCGGUUAUCUGAGCUGUCAUCCUACAAAACCGAAUAUGUUAAAUGUGCAUCUGAUAGCACACACCCAUGAUGACGUCGGAUGGUUAAAAACGGUUGACCAAUAUUACUACGGCAGUGAGACUAAUAUUCAAAAGGCUGGUGUGCAAUAUAUUAUUGAUUCAGUUGUGGACGCUUUGAUCAAAGAUCCAGAGAAACGAUUUAUCUACGUUGAAUCGGCUUUUUUCUUUAAAUGGUGGAAGGAGCAAACUUCAUCAGUUCAAGAAUCCGUAAAAAAGUUGGUAAGCGAAGGAAGGCUGGAGUUUAUUGGUGGAGCAUGGAGUAUGAAUGAUGAAGCCACAACGCAUUAUCAAAGCAUAAUAGAUCAAUUUUCCUGGGGAUUGAGACGUUUAAAUGAUACCUUUGGAGAAUGUGGUCGCCCUCGAAUAGGGUGGCAAAUUGAUCCAUUUGGUCACUCAAGAGAGAUGGCUUCAAUAUUCGCGCAAAUGGGAUUCGAUGGAAUGUUUUUCGGGCGAUUAGAUUACCAGGAUAAGGACGAACGCCUAAUGACAAAGAACGCUGAAAUGAUAUGGCACGGAUCCGCAAAUUUGGGAAAGUCCUCUGAUCUGUUCACUGGUGCCCUUUACAACAAUUACCAAGCACCGGAUGGAUUUUGUUUUGAUAUUCUGUGCAGUGAUGAUCCCAUAAUAGAUGGAAAACAUAGCCCCGAUAACAAUGUUAAAGAACGGGUCGAUACGUUUUUGGAUUACGCCAAAACACAAAGCAAAUACUACCGAACCGACAAUGUUAUUAUAACAAUGGGUGGUGACUUUACAUAUCAGGCUGCGCAAGUUUAUUACAAAAAUCUCGACAAAUUAAUACGGUAUGCGAAUGCGCGUCAGGUGAAUGGGUCAAAUAUAAACUUAAUUUAUUCGACCCCAUCUUGUUAUCUCAAGUCGCUGCACGAGUCCGGCAUUACAUGGCCCACGAAGAGUGAUGACUUCUUUCCAUACGCAUCUGACCCUCAUGCUUAUUGGACGGGAUACUUUACAUCGCGACCAACGAUAAAGCGCUUUGAGCGGGAUGGUAAUCAUUUCUUGCAAGUAUGCAAGCAACUAAGUGCACUUGCUCCAAAAAAAUCAGUUGAAUUUGAGCCUCAUUUGACAUUUAUGCGCGAAACACUUGGCAUCAUGCAGCACCAUGAUGCAAUAACCGGCACAGAAAAGCAAAAGGUCGCGUUAGAUUAUGCAAAACGCUUAAGUGUCGGGAUCAGGGCAUGCGCUGCGAACACAAGAUCUGUGCUAAAUCAAUUAUCCGUACAAUCGGAGACAAGUGCGAGUACAAGUGAGACACGUUCUGAUUAUAUUUUUGAUUUUAAAAUCUGUCCCUUGCUGAACAUCACUUCUUGUCCCGUAUCCGAGUCAAAUGAAAGAUUUGCAUUAACGCUUUACAAUCCACUGGCUCAUUUUACCGAUGAAUAUGUGAGAGUACCCGUUGCACACCACAAUUAUAAAGUAAUUGAUAAUAAGGGUGUGACUAUGGAAAUUCAGCUGUUACCAAUACCCUCCGCAGUAAUGAAUAUGAAAAACAGAACCUCAAAUGCACAGUAUGAGCUGGUAUUUUUCGCGACUAACCUUCCACCAUUGGGAUAUAGGACUUAUUAUAUUGAAAAGUUAAAUUCUUCUGAAGGAUUCCUCAGGCCAAGUUUUUCACCAAAGAAAACAUCAAGUUUAACAGUAAUUGGAAACGAAUAUAUUAAAUUAGGCUUUGACACUAAUGGGUUUCUCUCAGAAGUAACUGCUGAUGGCUUAACACGAAUCGUUAGCCAAGAGUUCCUGUACUAUGAAGGUGCUAAGGGAAACAAUGCGGAGUUUCUAAAUCGAUCAUCUGGAGCUUACAUCUUCCGGCCAAACAAAAAUAAAAUUCACUUCGUCGCUAACCAAGUAGAUAUUGAAGUAUACAGAGGCGAAAUUGUGCAAGAGGUCCAUCAGAAAUUCAAUGAUUGGAUAAGUCAAGUAGUGCGCGUAUAUCGCUCGAAAAGUUAUGCUGAGUUCGAGUGGUUAAUCGGCCCAAUUCCAAUUGAUGAUGACGUUGGCAAAGAAGUCAUUACCCGCUUUAACUCUGGCAUCGAGUCGGCGGGCAUAUUCUACACCGAUUCAAACGGUCGUGAAAUGAUAAAGAGACAGCGAAACCGCCGUGAUACAUGGAACGUAAAACUGAACGAAGAAGUAUCAGGUAAUUACUACCCUGUGACAACAAAAAUUACCUUGGAGGACACAACGGCGCGUAUGGCAAUUCUUACGGACAGAGCCCAAGGAGGAAGCUCACUACAAGAUGGGGCCCUAGAAUUGAUGGUACAUCGUCGUUUGCUACACGAUGACGCAUUUGGUGUGGGAGAAGCAUUAAAUGAAACUGAGCACGGCAAAGGUUUAAUUGCACGAGGCAAGCAUCUUUUCUUCUUUGGUCAGUCCGGUACUCGCAAAGGUAUUUCUCUAAAAGCUACUGAACGGAUAGUGCAAAUAGAAAGCUUGUUGCCUACAUGGAAAUUUUUUAGCAAUAUGAAGUCUUACAAUGCAGAAGAAUGGCGCACAUCUUUUAGAAAUAUAUUCAAUGGAAUCUCGGUGGUUUUGCCAAAAUCCGUACAUUUACUUACGCUAGAACCAUGGCACCUAAACCAACUCCUUGUACGAUUUGAACAUAUAAUGGAGAAAGGAGAAGAUGUACAUUAUUCUAGAUCCGUACAGAUUAAUGUUAAGGACGUCCUAAGUACUUUUAAAAUUGACGAUAUGCGUGAAACAACUCUUGAUGGAAAUGCCUGGUUAAAUGAAACUCAACGAUUGCAAUUUGUACCUGACUCCGAGGAAGAGGUAUACAACUCAUAUGCAACAUUCUCAAAAUUAGCAAAGACUGUGCACUUAUUAAGUGCGGCAAAACCGUUUCUGGGUGUAAAAUAUUCUGAUGAAGCUUUACCAUCUGGACAGUUGGGUGCUGAAAGUAACCGUCUUAAGCGGAAUGUUCACACAGGGCCUUUCGAUUCACAUAAAGAUGACCAAGCCUCAGGACCUAAAGGUGUAGAUAUUUCCUUUAUAUCGGAUAGUGAUGAUAAAAAAUAUAUAAUUGAGUUAAGCCCAAUGGAGAUUCGUACUUUCGUUGUAUAUUUGUCGGGAUAUUAGGCCUUGACUAAUUCUAAUUCAUUAAUAACCUUUAUAAACAUGAAAAUGUAUAA